GACUUCAUCAAAUUGUCAGAAAGAAAUCUUUUUCGACAACAAAUCGCUUUUGGAUGCUCAUUUGGCAUCAACAAACCUGCUAUCAUUAAAUGAGGGUACUACAAGUGGCACUACAGCGUUAGGAGGGUCAAUAUUGAACCAGAUUACGAUAACUCGGUCAACGAAAAUAUUGGCUUCAGACUAUUUCACGCAUUAGGUGAUAUCGUGUAAACCGGUGUAAUAUGGGACAAUCAAAUAAACCUAUGUAAUGAUGUUGACCAGCAGAACUGCGGAUUUGUCCUCAGCGGGGCGAGAGAAGAGCUUGAUUCGUCGUUGACGAAGGAUCAUUGUGAAAGACGAGGCUUUGGAUGCUUUUCGCUAGAAGGACGAAUGAUCAUCGUGAAGGAAAAACUGGACAAGGCUUAGCAUACUUUUCGCAAGAAGCUAGUGAACUGAUCUCAGUCAAAGGAAUCCUCUUUUGAGUAUCGUGUAACUCAUUGCGUAUGAAAGGAACUCUCGUUGGAGUAUCGAGUAACGGCGUGCGACGACAUCCAAAAAGUUAUUGUUUUUCAGAUGGAUUACGUUGCCUGAUGCUUGCUGAGGAGGUUUGGGAGUAGAUACAACUGGGAAGGAUAUUCGAUUAACACGUCCAUUUUAUUCGCUCGGACUUGGCACUUGUAAAUGUUUCUUCAGUGCAGAUAAGGGAUUGUAUCUUCUAAUAGAAAUGGUUUGAAUUGGGAUUGGGAAACACGGAGAUAUCUAUGAAUUUGUGAUCAUCAGGACAAAAUGAUGAAGGCGUUCUGAUUAUUUGAGGUGAUUUCUGAAUGCGUUACCGUUCCACAUUGUGUUUGGCAAUCUCUGCCAUAGAAAGGCUUCACCGGAGUACACCUGUAUACAUAUUUGUCCAAUUGCGUGCUUGCGCAGCUUUGCCGAACGGUGGGGUCACGGAGAGGAUAUAAGGUUGCGAAGGACACACAUCAGGAUACGGAUCAGGACAAAUGGUCUACGCAGUUGGCUACGGUGAUCAUGUUAUGAUAAGCUCAAUUGCUUUUAAUGAUAAUGUGCUCCAGAAUGGAGUAGAAUUAGAUUUUCUAUAGGAAUCGUGUGUGGAACUAGUGAAAAAACUUGGCUGAAGGAUGGUGAAGCCCGGCCUUGAGAUUCCAUUUAACGUGAGUCUUCCCAUAACUCCUGAUUAUGUCUACAUCAUCUCGGAGGUAACUCUGGCCAUAUUUUCGGCUGUCGGGAACAUGUUCGUCCUGGUGGUUUUCUGUAAGUUCCGAGAGUUACGGACGGUUACAAAUUACUACGUGAUCUCACUGGCUGUAGCGGACUUUCUGGUUGGGUUGAUAGGAAUACCGUUCGCAAUCGUAGUCUUUGUUGGAUUACCGAAAAACUUUGAGGCGUGCCUUUUUAUGGGGUCACUCCUGAUGCUACUGUGUACAGGGUCCAUUUUUUCUUUAGUCGCAGUGUCCAUAGACCGGUACAUAGCUAUUAUCCACCCUCUCUCCUACCCAAGGAUAAUGAGUCCUUUAACUGCACUUUUAAUCAUUAUAUCUUGUUGGAUUUUAGCAGCUCUUAUAGGGAUAUUACCAGUUCUUGGUUGGAACAGGGGUCGGCCUCCUGUACCUAGGUGUUUCUUCCUUGAAGUGAUAGAUACUAAGUAUUUGGUGUUUAUAUACUUUGUGACAAUCAUUGCACCUGUGAUAUUCAUAUCUGGAGUUUACAUUCGGAUAUAUCAAGAAGUCAGGCGACAGGUUUGGCACAUCAACGCAACAAAAUACCGUACCGCCAACGGAGCAAGCACGGCGCCAUCAUUCGACCACACCGAAACCAAAGCGGCGAAGAGCAUCGGACUCAUCCUCGUUCUGUUCCUUAUUUCCUGGAUCCCACUGUACACCAUCAACACAGUCAUGUUCUUCUGCCCAGGUUGUGAUAUACCCGGUCCGUUGCUGACGGUCGCCAUCAUCCUAUCCCACGCCAACUCUGCCUGGAACCCACUCCUUUACGCCUGGGUGCUGCGAAACUUCCGCAACUGUCUCAAGAAGCUGCUGCGCAGUUGCUUCAUCACCAAGACGUUACUGGAAUCUGAAAGAUUCGCUUUUGGGACAUCAUCGUCAAAAGGUCAAUCAUCGUCAAUCUGGGACAGAGAAACCACCUUUUACGCGGCAUGCACAGCAGUGCCAUCUACGGGCAAAAUGAAAAAGCAUGUCGCAGUCGAUCGGUAGUUAGUAAGUAAACAUCGGAACCUGUCAAUUGAACAUACGCGGCUCGUAACGCAGCGCACAUCGCAGUAGCGUAGAAUGCAACUACAUUGUACCAUAAAGCGACAGUACUCCUUUUUAAUCGCUUAUGUGGAGAUAAGCGUUGGCCGUUUUUGGUCUGUGGUCGUUAUCUGCACUGGUAGAUUACAUGUUGAAUUCUGAGUGUGAUCUCCAGAUACAGGAUGUUAAUCAAUAGUUGGAUAAUAGAAAAUGCCGGUGACCUAAUUUUAUACAAAAUUUCAUUUUCAUAAAUCGGCAGUAGAUAUGAAAAUUAGAAGUUACAUGUAAAAUGUCCAUAGCACUUUCAUAGUACUGUUUGCAUAAUGGCUGUCGUGAAUUUACGGACUUAUCCUAACAUGAUAUACGAGUGUUCAAAUGACAGGUUUCAUCGUCAAUGGAGCGCGUCUACAAAUGAAAGUGAAGUGGUUGACAAAUUGUUGCUCUUCAAGACACUAUACAGCGCUGUACUCUAUCCACUUUCGUUGUUGUCAAGCAAAAAUUGAGAUAUUUGUCUUGUCGAAGGCUACAAGUAUACAACACCAACGUUGCGGCAACUAGAAAAACAGCAAAAUGAUAAAGGCUGCAUUUUAUAUCACUUUUCGAGCGAAAAACACGCCUAUCAACAGCAGCAUAGAGUGCAACUACAUUGUACCAAGAUUAUUGCCGUUAAAGACUUUAAAACGAAAAUUUCAGUUUUGCCAAUUUCAGGUCGCUCUUUUUUUUAUGUCUCUGAUAUUACGCUGACAUAACGUCUCAAAAAAGAAAAGUAAGUUGUGUACUAUGAUCCUGGCUAGACUUUCUAUUCAUCGCUUCUACUCGGAAGUUUGACCCGGAAUCAGAACACAAGUAUACGCCAGGAUAGUUCUGAAGUGGGACGGUAUACAGUGUUAAUAUCUUGUAUACAUGGACAUCACUUUACGCAUCGUUACGCUUUGAUUAAUCUACACUCUACGCAUCACUAACAGCUUGAUUAUGUAUAAAAAUAGGGGGAAUGACCAUUUUCACUCACACAGAGAAUUUCAAAUACGAAGCUAGAGUUUAAAAAAACGUAACGAUUCCCAGAUCGUACUUACAGAUACGCCAAGUGGUCAAUUCCCUUGAAUAUAAUACACCUGCGUGAUAGUUUUAGAGAUCUGGUUUAUUCUGACACAAUCAACGAAAAGGUUUACCCUAACCAGACUCUUUCAAUUAUUCAUUGAAAGAUUCUGCCCAAACAAUAAAUUGUGACGAGGUCGGCGCCAGACAUAAUUGAGACGAGGUCGGCGCCAGAGAACGGAUAAAUUACAUAGGAGGAUAGGUUGGCGGCUGAACCUAGCGGUGAAAUGUAGAACUUCUGAGCAAGAUGGUGUGUGACCAGGCAAACAUUUUCGUGAUUGUGUCAAUAUCAACUUCGAUCUCCGGUCAUUUCCCCUGCAGUUUUAUAUUGGGUGUUUGUCUCUUGUCUCUGUCUCUGUCUCUGUCUCUGUCUCCGUGUAUGACUACAUUUGUCCCGCAUCGCUGCCGCGUACGCGCAACUAAACGGACAAAAUCUUGUGGCAGCAGCUUGAUUGAAUGUUGUAAUUGCCAAGCUACAGUCACCUCAGUCAGCGCAUUGAACAAUAUUGCGGUCUAUGUUGCAAUGUCAGUUGUAUUUUACUUACUUGUGGGUGUUAUCUGGCUGGUCUGUUUGUUGAACGCAUUUACCGGAUCGGAGUUCGCUCGUGUAGUAAUUUGAGGUUGUCCAGUAAAAAAAGUGAAUUAAAGGAAAAUCACACAAGUUACAGUGUUAAAAGUAGAAAGAACUCGUGCAACGCGGCAGGUAUGAAAACAUAGAUAUAAUUUUUCCCUGUGAAAUUAGUGGGGCAGUUGUGCAAAAGACCUACGCAAACACCACAACACUUACUUUAAAUCAUCAUCCAAUGUCAGGGGGUAGAUGUUGAUGGUAGGUAAAACGACACUGUGGUCCGACUACGGUCAUUCUUUCUUCGAACGGGCAUUUUCGCGAAGCACGAAGGGCCAACGCGAACACCUAUCUCACAGUUCGAUAUCCUGAUCACGAUGUCGAACUGAGAGAUAGACGACUGCGUUCGUGUUUCGGGUAUCAACUGUAACUCGGACCCGAAACAGGUAUCAAUGUG